ACGAUAGUUGAUUUUGAUGACAAAGAUUUUUAUCCAAUAUAUUUGUUUCGUUUUCGAUGCUGUAUCGAGAAUCUUUAUUAUGAUGUAGAACAUAAACCAUUGAAAGUCGGAAUUGAUAAGAAGCAAGAAGCAAGCGGAAGUACAAGUGUCUGUGAAUAUGAUCCAAAACAUCUUCGAGACGAUGAAAUAACUUCUCAGAGUCCAAUGCAGUCAUUAGCAAUUGUGAAGUUUUUGGUUGAAUAUUGUGGUGCUGAUGUAAAUUGUAAAUGUGAGUUGGGAAAAACUGCUUUACAUCAUGCUGUUGAUGUUGGUGAAACAGACAUUGUCAAAUAUCUUGUUGAACGAUGUGGCGCUCAUGUAAAUGACCGGGAUAAAAUAGGGUUGACAGCGCUGAACUAUGCUGUUAGUACAGGUAGGCCGGAAAUGGUUAAAUAUCUUGUUGAACAUGGCGCUGACGUAAAUCGCGAGGAUAAUGACGGAUGGACAGUGCUACGAUAUGCUGCUAAUAAAGGUAAACUUGAAAUGGUAAAAUACUUUGUUGAACAUGGCGCUGAUGUAAAUGGAAAGGAUACAUACGGGUGGACAGUGCUGCAAUAUGCUGCUAAUAAAGGUAAACUUGAAGUGGUAAAAUACUUUGUUGAACAUGGUGCUGAUGUAAAUGACAAGAAUACUAACGGGUUGACAGUGCUGCACUUCGCUGUCACUAAAGGUAGGCUAGAAAUGGUAAAAUAUCUCGUUGAACAUGGCGCUGAUGUAAAUGGCAAGGAUGCUAACGGAUUGACAGUGCUGCACUCUGCAGUUACUGAAGGUAUGUUAGAACUGGUUAAAUAUCUUGUUGAACAUGGCGCUGAUGUAAAUGGCAAAGAUGCUAACGGAUUGACAGUGCUGCACACUGCUGUUACUAAAGGUAAGCUAAAAAUUGUGAAAUAUCUUGUUGAACAUGGCGCGGAUGUAAUUGGCAAAAUUUACAUCGGCGGGCGGACAAUCCUGGAAAGGUUAGCUAAACGAAUGGUUGUUAGAAGUCUUGGCAUUGAAAUAAUGAAGAUGGCUGUUGUAAACAAUUCAGUUGCUUUGAUCAAUCUUCUGUUGGAAAAGAACAUCGCUGUGUGGAGAGCUGGAACAUUUCUUGUUAAAGGAAAGCAAAUGAGUCUUCUUGAAAUGAGUAUUCACCUUGGUCAUGAUGAAAUUACAACUAUCCUCAAAAGGUCCGUAAAUCAUCGCGAGAAGAUUCAAAUGUUGAAAACAAUGAAUUGCAACCAGUUAGAAGAGGUUGAAACACCGAUGCAGGCUUUUGUCGCAAAGAAUCAAUUCAAAAUUGGUGCUGGUGGUUUUUCUUCCGUCUAUGUUGGUCUCAUGAAGGAUGGAAGUGAAGUUGCUGUUAAGAGAAUUUUGGUACAAAGUGAAGAUGAAACAGUUGAAAAUGAAAAGGAAAUCUUGAGUCUCAUUGAAACAAACUCUCCAUUUAUAGUGAAAUAUCGACAUUGUCACCGUGACGAUACCUUCAUGUAUCUUAUUGUUGAUCUUUGCGAAGAAACCUUGAGGGAACUUGUUCAAGCAUGCUGUAAUGAACAUCUAAAAGAGCAUGGUCCACGAAUGAUUAAGGAAAUUCUAUCCGGACUAGAAUUUCUUCAUGGUAAAGGAAUAUUGCACAGAGAUCUAAAACCAUCAAACGUCCUGGUUGAUAUCGAAGGUCGCAUGAAAUUGGCCGACUUUGGAAUAAGCCGGGUUCUAAAUGAAGAUGAAACGACAGUUGAAACUGAUGCUAAAGGUACUCGCGGAUGGAUGCCACCGGAAGUAAUUGAGGCAAUAGUUAAAAAAGAAAAAAGUCGUUUCAAAAGAAAAUCAGAUGUCCACGUCGCGGGUAUGAUUGCUUUCUUCAUCUUAACGAAAGGUGAACAUCCUUUUGGUUCUUCGUUAGAACGAAUGAAAAAUAAUUUAGAAGAUAAUCCUGUCAAUUUGGAGAAACUUCGUGACCCCGAAGCUCGUAAGUUUGUGUUGUCGCUGAUUAGUCACAAGAUUGAUGAGAGACCUUAUGCUGACGAAGCAUUGAGGAGCUUUUUUUUCUACUUGACAAAAAAGACACACCGAAGACAUGGAAGGCCACGACCACCUUUGAAAUCUGAACGUAAAUAAAAAGAAUUGUGGAAUUUGCCAUUUCAUAUUCCUCAAUAUAAAACCAGGCUUCGUUUCUGUUGUUGAAGAGUUAAUCAGCGUUUAUCGUAUGGAUUGGCGAAAUAACACAAUCACGUUGAUCUCAACAGAACCAUUCGAUGGUUGUAAACGUCCACGUGAAUACGUAAACAUCCUCGUAUAAACGUGCCAACUAUGAAGUAAUUUGUUUAUUAAAUAUGUAUAGAGAUCAAUUUGAUAACGACACGCUUUUAAUAUACAAAAACAC